UAUUCUGGUAGCCAUGCUAACAAUAGCGCCGGUCGCACUAGCACUCCAAAGUUCGAGUCCUCAUCAACACUCAGCACUUUUGGAAGCGGAAAUCGGCUCGCACGGAUGUGACUGUUGGCAUAAUCAUGGGAUCUCGAACAUCGAGUUUGCUUCAAGCGGAGGAAAUUGAGGAAAUCCAAAAAGAAACAGGGUUUUCCAAAAGACAAAUUGUACGACUCUACAGUCGCUUCACGAGCUUGGACAAGAGUGACAAUGGAGCUCUGAGUCGUGAAGAUUUGCUUAGGAUCCCAGAACUUGCGAUCAACCCACUGGGCGACCGCAUCAUUCAUGCCUUCUUCAUGGACAACCCGGAGAGCAAGAUCAACUUCCGUCAGUUCAUGCGCACACUGUCACUCUUCAGGCCAAUCAAGAGCCGAGACAAGGAUGCGGAGAACCCUUGCAACAGUCGGGACAACAAACUAAAAUUUGCCUUUCGCAUGUACGACCUGGACAGCAGCGGCACGGUGACUCGAGAGGAACUGCUGGUCAUUCUCCAAAUGAUGGUGGGGUCCAACAUAACAGAGGAGCAGCUGGGAUCCAUCGCGGACAGGACCAUCGCUGAGGCAGAUGAGGACAACAGUGGUGCCAUCUCGUACGAAAAUUUUGCCAAGGCUCUGGAGAGGACGGAUGUGGAGCAGAUGAUGAGCAUCCGUUUCCUGAACUGAUUGUGCCAGGUUGAUAUGGCUGGAUCCAUGUUAUCCUUUUCAGACAAAUCCAGAUCACGAUCCGAUCAGUAAUCCAUCACUGGUUCACUGGCAUGAGAAACUGCCUAAUGGGUGGAGGGGACCAGCAUUGAGAAAACUGAUCAAGAUCUAAGCCCGUGUGAAACAAAAAGACCCACAGACUUUAUUCACGAGUCGGCCACAUUGAAUUGACAGCUAGGUUAAGUUUCCAGUUUGGGAAACCUUAGAGUUAAAAUGAGGGCAGCGAAGUAAAAGUUCUUUACACAUUAAUGCCAGUUCAUACUGAUUAGAUAAUUCAAAAUUUGUGAUUAAUUAUGUUUGCAGCCACAUCUAAAACAAGGAAAGUGAGGCUUGGAACUCCAAAUUGUCCAGCGCAACCCUACUUAACAGAUCACAUUUAAUCAUUUACAUUUAGGGAACAUGAACAAAUGUGGCUUCUCUGUGAAUGAAGUCUGUGGCAGGGAAGGGAAGGGGCAGUUUGUGUGACAUUCACCCUCAGCGGUUUAUUCAGCUCAUCCAUACAAAGUAUCCGCUGUUUUCAUGUUUUUAAAGGGUCUUUCUGCAAAUUUCUACUCCUUGAAUAUAAGCCUAUAUUCCAUUUUGGGGGCUUUUAUUGUCUUUGAAAAGUGCACUUUUUAAAAAUGAUUCAAAUUUUCUAAACUUAUCCUAACAAAUAAGAGCGCUGAUGCUGUGAUAUUAUCAUGGUUUGGGGGAUAUUCCGUUUGAAUUGCGAACCUCAAACCUGCUCACUGAAAAUGUUGAUAAGAGAGCUUUGCUCACAUACCUACCCUCCUGAAUAGAAAAAACAAUGAAGCAGCAAAAGCAAACCAAAUUUACAACAGCAAAAACAUCCAAAACUCUAAGAAAAUCUAGUGCUGAAAUUGCUUUACCGCUGCGGUUUCUGCCUUGGAUGACAACACACUUUUGCUCAUAAAUAUACAAAUUGUAUUGGCAUAAAUAUGAAAAAGUCACCAAAUACCCUUGAAACUGAAAAAGCAGAUAUUGGAAAUUGGGUUAUACAGACACAAAGGAGCACUUACAAGAACUGCAUGACAAAAAUUACAUUGCAAGGGCACUUGAGUAUUAAAUACCAUCCAUCCUACUGUCGACUCAUUGAUUCCUGCCCUAUCCGGUUCGUGAGUGUGAGGUCACUUCUGUUUAAACCAUGCCCUCCGCACGGAGAGUUACAUGGAACCAUGGAACCAGAAGUUAACGCACAACUUCAUUGUUUGUCCAACAGGAGCCGGCAAUCAGUGGUGUGUCCGCGUGCAUAAGAACCUGAUGAACAAUAUUUUGCUACUGUCUCUUGCAACAAUACCAUAUAUGCACAGCCAGUGUCAGUGUUGUAUGUUUGUGGAUUUCAUAACUGGAUAAUCUUAUACAUGCAUUUUCAAUCUCUCUGGAGGAUAACUUGUGUUUUUGUGGAGAAUUUGCCUCUGUCUGAUGUUAAUCAUUAAUGAUAUAAGUAUACAAAACAUGAUUUUAGGGUGCGUAGUUUAUAUUAGCUACCUGAGGUAUUGGAAGUUGACAGAUUAGUUUCAGAGGCAAAGCAUUGGGAACUGGUUUGUAAACUUCUAAUCCGAAGGGAUAACGACCCUCUGCCCAAACUAAACCAUGUUAUAUUUGUUUUACCAUAGCUCUUACUUAUUAAUAUUUCACAUUCAUGUGGGGCUAGCUUGAUUGCACAGGCUCACUACCCACGAGCAACAGCUGCACAAUUUCCUCAUGGAUGUUGAAUGAACCACUGAGAAUUUCACCCUCAAUCAUGAAUAUGCGUGAGGUUUUUGUAAGUUGUACUGUAAAGUCAGUGUUGUCUGUCAACGCAUCAUACUCACCGGGAGGUCAUGGCUCAGAUGAGCCAAGUAAGCUUGUAGAGAUUGUUUGCACAUCUUUCUUGGUUUCUUGGCAUUUGAUGUUUGUAAUACGCAGACUUUACCAGAACAUAAAUUUUAUACAUUUGUGAAGAAUGCAUAAAAGGUGGACUGCAUGUUCCUUGCUCUAGUUUGAUAAGUCCAUCUUUAGAUGUGGUAAUUGGUAUUUAAUUGCUUACACGUGUACAUUGCUAUGGAGCCAGUGGUGGCCCACGGUCCACUGCACACCAUAGGAAAGUACACAUGUAAACAAUGUGGGGGCCUGAUCAGUACAGAGGUCUAUUGUCAUAUAAAAUGGGGAAUCUAGUCAGCAGUUGUCUGUGCAUAUAUCCAAGAAGUGCUCAAAUAUGGAUCUACAUACUGAGCUUCUCCACCAUUACACCAUAGCUCAAUGUACUUGUCUGUAUUUCCUCAUCUAGGGUUGCAACUACACGUGCCUGUUGUACCAAUCUGCUACACCUGUAGAUUGAUUCCUGAAAAUAGAAUGUUUAAGUGCAGAAGCAAGGGCAACUCAUCUGAGCAUUUAUGUACAAGAUUCCACUGGUCUUUCUUUCCAAAAGCACUAUUGUAAAUGGGUUUCGCAAUACUGUAACAUCCAUCUGGCAUUAUGUAUAACACUAGGGAUACUGACAUAAACACACUCUGCCAGUCACUCAUGACCUUUGUACCGAAACUAUCACUAAAUGGCGGAGUAUAUUGAAACGUAUAUGUGCAUGUAAUGUUCAACUGAGUUGAGUCGACCCCACAUGAGCAGCGCCUCUGUGAACAAGUAAAGUUUAAAGAAUUGCUUAAUACAUGUAUAUGCUUAUGUUUACCGUUGUUGAAAGAGGAAAGCUUUAGAAGUUGAUUUUAUCUGAAACUGCUAGCAACCAUACAUUCCUCAGCUUGAAAAGAAAAAGAAUCUUAUCUGAUUUCAAAGUCUCCAGACUGGUUCCACAUACACUACUCAAAAAAAA